AUGUUAGAUGGUACUAUUUCUCAGACUGGUUGCAUUUGGCACCAGGUCCACCUCACGGUCUUGGCCAAUGGCCAUACACACUCCAUCCCCUUUCUUGUCUGCCCCAUUGGCAAGACCCUGGCUAUAUUAGGCAUGACAUGGUUAACCGCAGAAGCUCCCCUCAUUGACUGGCAACAGGGACUUGUCACCUUCCCCAAACAAGUUCAAAUUGCCUCAGAAGAAGAAGCUGAUCAAGGCCCAUUAGCUGAUCUACCCAGUCAAUACCACAAGUUUGCUAAAGUCUUUGGAGAGGAAGAAUUCAAAGUCCUACCUCCCCAUAGGGAAUACAAUAUAGCCAUAGACCUCCUGCCAGACGCCAAGCUCUCCCCCAGCCCUAUCUAUGGCAUGACAGACGCAGAAUCCAAGGCCCUGAAACAACACAUUGAUGAGGAACUAGCAACAGGCAAGAUCCACCCCAGCACUUCAUCAGCAGGCGCUCCAGUUAUGUUUGUAAAGAAGGCAGAUGGUUCCCUUAGACUGGUUGUGGAUUAUUGGAAGCUCAACAACAUAACCCACAAAAAUGUGUACCCACUCCCCAGACAAGACAACCUCAUGGCUAAGCUACAAAACGCCAAACUGUUUACAAAACUGGAUCUACAAUGGGGUUACAACAACGUCCACAUCAAAGAAGGUGACAAAUGGAAGACAGCCUUUAGAACCAAAUACAGCCUCUUUGAGUACCUAGUCAUGCUGUUUGGCCUUACCAAUGCCCCUGCAGCAUUUCAGCACUUCAUGAAUGAUCUGUUCAGAGAUCUGAUUGACGUAAUGGUGGUGAUCUACUUAGACAAUAUCCUCAUCUUCUCAGAAAAACCAGAAGAUCAUCCGACCCACGUCAGAGAAGUACUAUCCUGGUUGAUAAAGAAUCAAUUAUUCUGCAAACUGUCCAAAUGCCACUUCCACGUCACUACAGUAGAUUACUUGGGUAUUGUCAUAUCCCCUGAUGGCUUCUCAAUGGACCAAAAGAAGGUAGAGGCUGUUACAUCAUGGCCUCAGCCCAAAACAGUCAAACAAGUCCAGGCAUUUCUAGGCUUUGUCAACUAUCUCCAAUGGUUCAUUCCAAACUUUAGCUCAGUUGCACAACCCCUGCACAACCUCACCAAAAAGGAAACCCCCUGGUCAUGGGGAAACCUAGAAGAGGCAGCUUUUCAGAAGUUAAAGUCCCUAGUAACCAAGUCCCUGGUCCUUAUCCACACCAACCCUGACCUCCCCUACUACCUAGAAACCAACACAUUGGGAGUAGCCAUGGGAGCCAUUCUGAGCCAACAAGGGGAGGAUAACCGUCUUCAUCCGGUUGCUUACAUGUCAAAGUCCUUCUCCAGUGCUGAAGCCAACUACAAUACGCAUGAUAAAGAACUACUAGCUAUCAUCAAAGCACUGGAAGAAUGGCGGAUCUUCUUGGAAGCAACAGAUAAACCAGUCCAAACAUUCAACUGCAGGCAUGCCCAAUGGCACAUAUUCCUGAGCAAUUUCAACUUUGAAAUCCAUUAUUGCCCAGGAAAGCAAUUGGGAAAACCGGACGCCCUAUCCAGAAGGGCAGAUUAUGCGGAAGCCCCUCAGGAACCAGAAGUAAUGCUACCAGCCAAAGUAUUUGCCAACACAUCAGAAGAGGAACUCAAGAUUGUCAUGGAAAUCCAGAAUAAGCUGAGGGAAGAUCCGUCCCUGGAACCCAUCAUCCAGUUCCUAACAGAAGACACAGACAAUGCACCUCCCUCCAUCCAAAAGGCCUAUUGGGAUUAUGACUGGGAGGAAGAGCUCUUAUGGUAUUGCAGGAAACUAGUUGUCCUGGACUCAGAACCUCUCAAGGAAUGGCUAUUAAAAGAAUUCCACAACUCCCCACUGGCAGGUCACCCAGGACAACAAAGGACGCUUGAACUUGUCAGCAGAAACUAUUGGUGGCCUGGGAUGAAAUCCUCAGCCAAGGAGUGGGUUGAGUGUUGCCCAACUUGCCAAGCAAAUUGCCGCGCCCAUGCACCUGUGAUCUCCCUAAAACCACUGGAAGUCCUGCCAUUCCCGUUCCAUACCAUAUCCUACAACUUUAUCACAGGGUUCCCCAAGUCACAGGGACAUGAUGCCAUCCUAGUGGUAAUAGAUUCAUUCUCCAAGUUUGGACAUUUUAUCCCAACCUCAAAGAAAGUCACUGCAAAGGGCCUGGCAGACCUGUUCAUCACUCAUGUAUGGAAACUCCACGGAUUACCCGUCAGGACUGUAUCAGAUCAAGGAACAACGUUCACAGGGAAAUUCCUCAGGGCCCUCUACCAGAGACUGGGUGUCAAACCCUCCUUCUCCUUGGCUUACCACCCAGAGUUGGACAGACAGACAGAAAGGGUUAACCAGUUUAUUGAGUUCUACCUCCAUUCCUAUGUAGCGGCAGACCACUUGGACUGGGCCACCUGGCUACCAUUAGCAGAGUACGUGUACAACAAUGCCAAACAUGCUGCCACGGGAAAAACCCCCUUUGAAUUGGUCUAUGGGAGAAACCCGGUCAUGAACCUGUCCAACGUGCCGGCAAACAUUCCAGAAGCUGAUAAUAUAGCCAACACCCUGGCCAAGGAAUGGAAAGAAGCCAAAGUGUCCCUCAGAAUGAGCAAGGAAAGAAUGACCAGAGAUAGAGGAACAACCCCAGAGUAUUCAGUUGGCAAGAAAGUCUGGUUAGAUGGGAAAAACAUAUUGCUAAGGACCAAUUUGAAUAAAUUGGACCCCAAGCAACUUGAGCUACCAGAAACUCUGAAAAUCCAUGACGUCUUCUAUGUUGGGUUGCUAUCCAGGAGCCACAAAUCACCAAGUCAACCAUUUCCAAAACGGCCCCCUCCUGAAACAAUAGAAAGGGAAAAAGAGUAUGAGGUUGAACAGAUCAUAGAUUCCAAAAGACAACAAGGAAAAUGGUUCUACCUGAUAAAAUGGAAGGGGUAUGGCCCAGAAGACAAUUCAUGGGAGCCCAAAGAACUGUUGGAACACAGCCAAGAAGAGAUCAAGCGCUUCAACCAAGCUAGACUCAGAAAGGCUUGUGACGCCGCCAAGAGCCUUUAA